AUGGCUCCGUUCGAUUUUGAUCUGAAUCAACCCAUCAACUGGGUGGAGGAGGAGGAGGAGAUAGUGGAAGAUCAGUAUGAUGGUACUGUCCAAGACUUCAGCUAUGGGCUAGUGCGUGGCGAUACCGACCAAGACAAGCUGGAAGAGCAUGUGUAUCCGGGGCAUGGAGGAGGCGCCGCUGGACAAGCUGAUAGCGGCGGCGAUGGAGGAGAUGUGGCUGACGGACAACAAGGAUGUCACCAUGGAGACUUUGCCGGCGACGUGGUUGCUGUCUCGCAUGCCAACGGAUAUCGCGGAGGCGCCCACGGCAAAGGCGGAGGCUUGGACUUGAAUAAGAUUGCUAACACAAGACGGAGGACCCAGUACACAGACGACGAACGCCGUGCCAUAUAUAGCAUGCUUCUGAAGAGGAGCGGCGGCAGCACUGUCAGACGUGGAGUCAGCAAAGCUGUGGCUGCUGAAAUGGAGAUGCCUGUGAGGACUGUGCAGCGGAUAUGGCUGGUUGGCCGCCGUGGUGGUGGAAUAGACGCUGUGGUCGGCAAGAGGGCGAAGAACUGCGGCCGCAAGCGGAUUGAGCUUGAUCCUGACGCCAUACUGGAGUUGCCAAUGGAUAGAGGCAUGUCGAUUCAAGAGCUAGCCAAGGCUAUGCGUAUGAAGAAGACGACUGUGUUUCGACGGCUGAAAGAAGGUAGCCUGAGGCGCCCCAGGAAAUGACAUCAAGCCUGCCUAGCUACUUCGAGAGUAGAUGAUAGCAAAAGGGCACAUGUUUAAUCAGGAAGCCGCAAGCAUUCCUGAGUAAUGAUGCAUCUCCUGAACAUGAUUAAUGUACGCUUUACUUUGUGAUGGAUUGCUUGAUGGUGCUGCUAAAUCAGACUUGGCAUUAAGCUUGGCA